AUGGCCGCAGGAGAUGAGCCGCUCCGUUUAUCCACGGAUGAUCUGUUGACGCUUUUACAGCAUCAUGCCUCUUCAGACUGUGUGAUUAACAUGCCCAGGACCAACGGUGACCUGGAGCACCACUGUCUACGAAUAAAGAUCCUGGGAGACUGUUACUACUGCGUGUCUGGUCUGCCCGAGCCCAGGCAGGACCACGCCCACUGCUGUGUGGAGAUGGGCCUCAGCAUGAUCAAAACCAUCAGAUACGUGAGAUCGCGUACGAAACACGACAUUGACAUGCGGAUUGGUAUCCACUCGGGCUCCGUGCUGUGCGGCGUGUUGGGACUCAGGAAGUGGCAGUUCGACGUCUGGUCCUGGGACGUGGACAUCGCCAAUAAGCUGGAGUCUGGCGGGAUCCCAGGGAGGAUCCACAUCUCCAAAGCCGCUUUGGACUGUUUGAACGGCGACUACGAGGUGGAGGAAGGGCACGGGAAGGACCGCAACGACUUCCUCCGCCGCCACAACAUCGAGACAUACCUCAUCAAACAGCCGGAGGAGAGUCUGCUCACCCUGCCGGAGGACAUCAUGAAGGAGGCGGCGAGUUCUGUCGACCGCCGGGCCAGCAGCACCACCUUCAACGAGGCGUCCUGGAGCCCAGAGCUUCCCUUUGACAACAUUGUGGGGAAGCAGAACUACUCCCAGAUGAGAGACGAGGUGUUCAAGUCCAACCUGGUGUGCGCCUUCAUCGUGCUCAUAUUCAUCACCACCAUCCAAAGCCUGCUUCCAUCUGCAAGGAUGGUAACCAUGGUGAUCCAGUUCUCGGUCCUCAUCUUCCUCCACUCCUGUCUGGUCCUAGUUACAACUGCGGAAGACUACAAGUGUCUUCCUUUGGUCCUGCGCAAAGCCUGCUGCUGGAUCAACGAGACCUACGCAGCGCGAAAUGUCAUCAUCUUCAUAUCAAUCCUCAUCAACUUCCUGGCAGCCAUGAUCAAUAUACUGUGGUGCGACUUCGACAAGUCCAGCACCUUCAAGAACCAGACGUACAACGAGUCGGCCUCUAUCCCAGACAUCUGCUUCUACCCAGAGUAUUUUGUGUUCACGGGGGUGCUGGCGAUGGUGACGUGUGCAGUGUUCCUGCGGCUCAACUCGGUGUUGAAGCUGGCGGUGCUGCUGGUGAUGAUCGCCAUCUACUCCCUGCUGACCGAAGCUUUCUACACCUCGUUGUUUGUGCGCUACGACACUGUCCACCACAACACAGAAAACUUCCUGGGGACCAAAGAGACGUCUCUGCUCCUGAUGGCCAUGUUCCUCCUUGCUGUGUUUUAUCACGGCCAGCAGCUGGAGUAUACGGCCCGGCUCGACUUCCUGUGGCGCGUCCAGGCCAAAGAGGAGAUCAACGAGAUGAAGGAGCUGCGAGAACACAACGAGAACAUGCUGAGGAACAUCCUGCCCAGCCACGUGGCCCGACACUUCCUGGAGAAGGACCGGGACAAUGAGGAGCUGUACUCCCAGUCCUAUGACGCCGUGGGCGUGAUGUUCGCAUCCAUCCCGGGCUUCGCCGACUUCUACUCCCAGACUGAGAUGAAUAACCAGGGAGUCGAGUGCCUGCGGCUACUCAACGAGAUCAUCGCCGACUUCGACGAGUUGCUUGGUGAGGAACGUUUCCAGGACAUCGAGAAGAUCAAGACAAUCGGCAGCACCUACAUGGCCGUCUCCGGUCUGUCGCCAGAAAAACAGCAAUGCGAAGAUAAAUGGGGUCACCUGUGCGCCUUGGCCGACUUCGCCAUCGCCCUCAACGAGAGCAUCCAGGAGAUCAACAAGCACUCCUUCAACAACUUCGAGCUGAGGAUCGGUAUGGCCCACGGCUCAGUGGUGGCGGGCGUGAUCGGCGCCAAGAAACCUCAGUACGACAUCUGGGGGAAGACGGUGAACCUGGCCAGCCGUAUGGACAGCACAGGGGUCAGCGGCAAGAUCCAGGUCCCAGAGGAGACAUACCUGAUCCUGAAGGAACGCGGCUUCGCCUUCGAGUACCGCGGCGAGAUCUACGUGAAGGGCAUCAGCGAGCAGGAGGGCAAGAUCCGAACACACUUCUUGCUUGGCCGGGUGCAGCCCAACCCGCUCAUCCUGCAGCCUCGCAAAAUCACCGGCCAGUACUCGCUGGCAGCCGUGGUGCUUGGCCUGGUGCAGUCGCUCAACAGGCAGAAGCAAAAGCAGAUCCUCAACGAGAACAACAACUCGGGCAUCAUGAAGGGCCACCACCACUACAACCGGAGGACGUUGUUAGCGCCCGGUUGCUCCGAGGUGGGGGGAGGGCAUCACACUGAAGUAGCUGAUAAGACUGAGCUGUCCUGAAGAGCAGACUGGAGUUUUAGUUCCACACAGGGUUCUCAGAGGCAGAGCUGCUCUUCAGGCAGAAAGUGUCCCAGUGGUUGAGUUGAACUUCAAUGGGUGCAGCUGAAGAACGUCCGUCUUCUGGCUACGUAACGUUGGGACACAGGCACAGUUAUUCGGGAAUCAUAUGAACUUCAGCAUUCCAGUACUAAAAGGUUCACCUGGUUCCAGUCAGACCUCUGAAUGGUCCCCCAUAUUUCUGAUUUUUUUUUCAGCAAGUAGGUCCUGUUGUGCAUACUGACGGCUGUUCCCACAGCUGGAAGAACCAUUUAGACCUUUGUAGGCAGGAUUAAAAACAGGGACAUCAUGGUUCCUGCACUAGAGCCAGAAUCCAUUCUAAACAUAAAUGACUGGUAGUGGUAUCAACGGGAUCAAUACAUUCGUUGCCACUUGUUAUGAACUGAAUCCAUUAUUAGGUUUCAUCAAAUCUUUUUAAGCUGGAGAUGUACUUGCUUUUUGUGUUGUGUUACGUUCUGAGUAUGUGCACAACCAACGGUCCAAUGGGACGCAGGAUACACAGGCAGCCAUCAUGCGUACACGAACACCCAAUUAAAAGCAAGUAUAUUUCCGGCCUUAAACCUUCUGACACUAAUGCCUAAUGAUUCUGAAACAAAGCUGCAGAGAAGGGUGUUAUGGGUUGCAGAGGCAUUUUGAAGACUCACAAAAAGUCCCAAAUCCCAAGAACUCAGAGCCAAUUUCACAAAAGUAGUUUGCCAGAACACACAGGUUGCAUAAUGAAUUGGAUAGGGCUCGAAUAUGCUCAUGCAGGAGUCGCAAGUUGUUUGUUGUAAUUAGUGAAGCUUCAAAAUUCGCACAAGAGGAAAUUAUCUCAUGUAGCAAAUUCGGCCUGACUGCAAAAAAAAAUGUAGGUAACAGGUAAUUGAGUUUACUUCCUCAAGGGACGCUGAUUGGUCCGGUACCACUGUAGUUCGGCCACAAAUGCAUAGAUUGAAGCAAGAUGGAUUUUUGCCUGAUCUUGAGUCCAGCUGCCACCUUACGAAGCAGGCCCCCGAGCGUUACAUAAGCUGUUGGGACACAAGUUCAAAUUGGAUAACACUAACGUUAUCCAUACAAAAAUGAAACAAACAGCCCUGUAUGUUCCCCUACAUUCAACCCAGAGAAACAUGUUGCAGCCUUAAAGGUCCCCUGUGGAGUUUUUGACCACUACUAGCACUACGGAGCAAUGUUUUAACGUGUCGGGACCCCAUUUUGUUUGUUCUUGGACGUACAUGAAUCCACAGAUGUACAAAAAAAUGAAAUAAUUGCUGGUUUCAAACAAGAAAAAUUGACUUUCCAAAUGUAAAUACAACAAGUUUGUUAGUGUUUUGGCGAGAAACACUGAAUGUAAACAGAAACUUUGUUGUUUGUUUACAAGAAAACUCCACAGGGCAGCUUUAAUCCUACAGCCAUGUGAAGGCAGGAUAUCUGGAAAACGUAGCUACAUAUUCAUUUUGGUUGAGUCUCUUGUUGCUAAAAUAUCAAUAGCGGGUUAGCCUAGCUGAGCUAACAAGGUCCGAGGUAAUCUUGUAAUCUAGCCUGCUGACCUUUCAACAUCAUGAAUGUCACGUAAGAAUGAAUAAAAUCGCUUACAUUUUUUUCACCAAAGUUACUUUUCCAGGUUUGCCAGUCAGCCCAAAUGUGUCUGUGAACGUUUCUGUGGCUCCUCCCACUCAGGUGUAACUCAACCAAUGAGAUUAUUUCUGCCUCCUGAUGCAGCUCUGCUUCUGAUGAAUGUUUGUAGAACUGAAACUCCACUUUGUUCCUGAAGGAG